AUGUCAGAAGGAGAAGGAACAUUCCGGACGGUCUCUGAGGAGGAGCAAGAACUUCGUUCCAAGCUAGAGCGACUCACGACCAAAGACCAUGGGCCCGUCUUUGGAAAGUGCAGCCAGGUGCCUCUACACACCAUGCAGAAGGCCAAGGAUGAGCUCAACGAGACAGAGGAAUCCCGGGAAGUGGCUGUAAGGGAAUUGAGGGAAAUAGUUCAAGAACGGGCUGAUUCUGGAGAUGACAUGGGUCAGUUGGUGGCUGAGAAAGUACUGGGGAAGGAUAAUGACUUCUUCCUACGUUUUGUUCGGGCCCGCAAAUUUGAUGUCAGCCGUGCCUACAACCUGCUUAAAGGUUAUGUGAAUUUCCGACAACAAUACCCUGAGCUCUUUGAAGAUCUGUCACCACAGGCUGUUCGCUGCACCAUUGAAGCUGGUUACCCAGGCAUUCUCUCUAGCCGGGAUAAGUAUGGUCGUGUGGUCAUGCUCUUCAACAUCGAAAACUGGGAUUAUGAGGAAAUUACUUUUGAUGAGAUCCUGCAGGCAUACUGUGUCAUCCUGGAGAAGCUGCUGGAAAAUGAGGAAACCCAGAUCAAUGGCUUCUGUAUUGUUGAGAACUUCAAGGGCUUCACCAUGCACCAGGCAACAGGCCUCAGGCCCUCAGAGCUCAGGAAGAUGGUGGACAUGCUCCAGGACUCUUUCCCGGCCAGAUUCAAAGCUAUCCAUUUCAUCCACCAGCCAUGGUACUUCACCACCACCUACAAUGUGGUUAAGCCUUUCUUAAAGAAUAAACUUCUGGAACGGGUCUUCAUCCAUGGAGAUGACUUGGAAACCUUCUUCCAGGAAAUUGAUGAAGACAUACUGCCUGCUGACUUUGGAGGCACACUGCCCAAAUAUGAUGGCAAAGUCAUAGCCGAACAGCUAUUUGGACCCCGGACUGUGGCUGAGGACACUGCCUUUUAA